UCCUGCUUAGUCCCAGACAGUUUCCCGGAACAUGAGUUAUUUAGCCGGGUGAUAUUACUCAAACAGGCUGCAUUGGACAAAUAAUUUUAGCACUUUUCAGAACGAGAUUUCCAGUAUUAAUUCAGAAUGGAUGGCAAUCUUAUAGUGUAUUUAUUUGUAAUUUUCUUCUUUACAGCAGUAUUUACACAUGAAAAAUUUGUUGAAGAAAUUACGAAUUUUCAAUACUCGGAAUGUGAACAGACGUUGGAAAGAGUAUAUUGCAAGGCACUUAACAUAAGAAGAGGUUCACGGCAAAAGCCAAGUCUCUGGCCACCAGGUCCAUUUGCAAUACCUAUGUCAAGAUCAGGGUGUCCCGAAUCAGAAAAUCGUGGAUGGAGAAAAGGCGUUCUACACGUAAAGAAACUUGGAAGAAAAAAUCUUAAAAAAAUGAAAAAAUUUGAAAUGAACUUUUGUGUUAAACUUCGGAAUGAUACAGACCUAGAUACAGAAAAUUGGAUUCCUGGAAGAUAUUCAAUUUAUAUGAUUGGAGAGGAAUGCCCAGCAGGUUUUAGAAAAGACACAAUACAAGAAUCCUAUCUUCAAUAUGAUUCAUUUGGACCUAUUCCAAAUAUUACAGAAAUUGGGACAUUAAGGAAAAAGAUAUUGAGAAUUGGUAUUUGCAAAAAGAUCGGUAAUAAAUCAACGGGAAACAAAAAGGCCAGUAAUGUUACAUACAGAAUGUUAGAAACGCCCUUUAUGGUUUUGAAGGUAAUGGUGAUGUAA